AUGCCCGGUAUUCUCCCGAUGAAAGUGAUCAGGGUGGGCGGCAGUCAGAGUCGUAUCGCCCAAGCUUGUGAUCGAUGUCGCAGUAAGAAGAUUCGCUGUGAUGGGAUUCGCCCGUGCUGCACCCAAUGCGCAAAUGUGGGAUUCGAGUGUAAAACGAGCGACAAACUAAGCCGCCGGGCUUUUCCCCGUGGGUACACCGAGUCGUUGGAGGAGCGGGUGCGAAGUUUAGAAGCCGAGGUCAAGGAACUCAAGGACCUCUUGGAUGAGAAGGACGAGAAGAUUGACGUGCUAUCUCGUAUUCAUUCCUUUUCUUCAGCCUCGCAGCGGACCGCACCAGCACAAUCUCCAUCUAUGUCCGCGGCGACGAAACCGCCGAUCUCGGAAGCACGGGAUGGCAUCAUUCAUAUCGAAAAGUUCGUCAAUCCAUCCGAGUCAACGAAUGACAUCGGCAAGUGGAAUGAUGGCUUGUCAACCACACAGGGCUUCGCUGGUGAGUGUUUAAUCCGUACCGGCAUCGUGCAAAGUGCUUUGUUGUCUGACCGCCCUCACUCAGGUGCUUUCAAUCAUGCGCUUGUGAGCCAAGGAAAGCUCAAGUCGUACCCCUCCUCGGAAGCCUUUUCGAGAUCGAGUCAACUUCUUGCCCGAGGAUUGCCCGGACAAGCACUAGCCACUCCGCCACGUCUGGUGUCUGACCAGCUUAUCAAUAUAUUCUUCCAGGAGUGGGCGCCGAUGUACCCCGUGGUUCAUCGGCCCACCAUUCUCAAAGCCUAUGGAGAGUAUUUGAAUGAAUUGGAUUCUUUCCAACGGAAUGUCCAAUUGAUGGCGCAAUUGAACUUGAUAUUUGGAAUUGCCGCUUUGUCGUCGCAGUCACGAACCCAUCAAGAUCCAUCUUUCUUCGAGCAAAACUGGACCGUCUGCCUCGACUCGUUCAUCGGGGAAACCUCCAUUGAAGUUUUGCAAUGCUUUGUCUUGGCACAACUGUAUUGCAUGACCAAGCGCGACUAUCGCGCCUUGCUCCGGUAUCGUGCUUUGGCUGUGGACAUAUGCCAUCAGUUGGAACUGCAUCACAAUCCCCGAAGCGCAAAGUCCAACCCCCUAGAAGCGGAGACACGAAAGAAAGUCUUUUGGUGUCAAUAUACUGUCGAUCGCUUUUGCGCUGCGUUAACAGGAAUGCCUGUGAUUCUUGAUGAGUCGAUUAUCGAAACUGAGCUUCCGGUUGAUAUUGACGACGAAAACGUCACCGAAUCGGAAUUUCUGCCAACUCUACCCGGUGAAUCGACCCGUAUUUCGAGUGCUCUCGCUCUCUUCAGUGCCUCGCGUAUCUUGAGUCAAGUCGUGGAAGACUUGUAUCCCUCAAAGACUGGCUACGACCUUCACGUGGCAAAGUUGCGCGGUCUGAGUGCACAGCUGGAUGACUGGCUCCGGGGUCUACCUUCUCAUUUGCGCCUCGAAUUCAGUCAAGAUAAACCUAGUACCAACAUCACUGGCAGCCGAUCGCCUCUGCUCUCCCUCGUUUACUACUAUAUUCGAUCUUUGAUCCAUCGACCAGCUGUCUGCUUUGCCGAAGAGCACAUUCGAUCGCCAUCUGUCCUGGCCGUGUCGGGAUCGGCCAAGCACAUCAUGCAGAUUCUCGACUUGCUCGACGAGCGCCGACUGUGUUUGUCUCUCAGCAUCAACCGCGAAGAGCUGGUCCUUUUCUCGGGCUUGGGGCUUUUGUGGCAAACUCUGGGCCUCAAGCGGGACAGCAAGCUGGCAAAGGACAACCAGAAAUUGCUGACAACCGUCCUCGAGCAAUUACAAGCGGAAUCCUCCAGCGCGGCGGCCGAGUUCAAAACACUCGCUGGAUCUUUGAUCUCCCUCAGUUCAAGCUGCUCACCAGACCUGGCAGCCACUGCCAGUGGUAAGAAGUCUGGGCAUAUGGGGGCCCCAGCUCACAAGCCUUUGAAAUCUCCUAAGAAGCAGUUGCAAUCUUUGAAGGCGCGAAUCAGCACCUCCAUCCAUAAGGAUCAACCGACUCCGUUGGAUCCUCAAUCCCGCCGAAAUACCGUCUCCGGCUCGACACCUCCGCUUGAGACGUCUGCGAUGCGAUCGCCUAGUUGGACCAGUCUCCCCCCUACCCAACACGAGCAGUCGCCGGUGGCCUUUUAUCAACUGGGCCGACAUUCUUCCCUUGAUCUCGGCCAUGAAGGGCGGCAUUCGGACUCCGUUGCCGGGUAUAACCAAUCGCGCGCAAUGCCGACGGCUAUCGCCUCCGAAUCAUCCGCCGGGGCGAUCACGAUGGCCGACUGGGAGUAUGUCUUGAGUGACAUGGACCGCGGUCUCUCCAAUAUCUUCACUGGGAUUUAUGGCGGUAGUGAAUGCAGCGAGGAUCCAGGUCCAUUCGCCUCCAUCACCGCUGAUUGCCAUCGCCGAUCCCAAGAGUCGACGCUUGUGAUGCCCGGUCCCUUGUCAAGUGAGCUGCAAGGCUUGUCUCCCGAGGCGUGGUCUGCGAGUAGUGGAGAUUACUCCAUUCACAGUGAAAUGCCUCAACAAAAUUUCCUGGGCUACUCUGGGGAUAGUAACAUGGGGAGCACUGAGGACUUUUCGACAAUAGGGGAUGUGUCAAUACACCCGGAUGAGCUCAGCCUGGCUGAUCCAUUCCGAAGAGGAGUCGUGAUGCCCUCCAAGGACGAGGUCGGCGAAUUUGGCAUGGUCCAUGGCUGGGACCAACCGCUGUCGGUUUAA